CACUUUUAUUAGAAGUUUAGCAUUUGCUUUUUGUGGGUCUCUUGCUUAUUGCAAAGGGAGGUUGAUCAGUGCCAUUUGGAGACUUACAUGAGGAGAGCAAAGGUUUAGGUGAAGACCAAGGAAAGAUGUAUAGGCUUGUUAAACAUUUGGGAGCUGAUGUUAAUGUUAGAAAUAUUUGGAAUAAAUAUGAUUUUAAUAUAAGUUUGAUAAAUCUUUUUGUCCAGUUGCGAUAUCAAGUUGAUGAUUAUUUUGAUUCCUAAGCGGAGAAAAGAUACAAAUGCUAAAGAGGUGGCUUCUCCAAUGACAUACUUAUUUUUUACGGCUUCAUUGUUGUGGUUGGAAUGAGAAACCCUCCUCAAACCUUCUACAGUAUUUUCUAUACAGGCUCUUACAUUAUUUUUGUGAAGAAAGUUUUUUAAACUCAAAAUUUCCUCUUUUUUUCUCGAAAAUUCAUCAUUCUAUUUCAUAUCUAAAAGAUCAUUAAAACCCAUCUAAAUACUGACUGGUUAUUUCUCUAACUUGUUUGACUGCAAUGAUUAAAACUGGGGAAUAAAUCUUCAAUUCUAACCUAGAAACUCAGAGACAUAUGACAACUCUGUUUCUUAUCAGAGACUUUGUCCUAUGCUGAUGGAUACUUAGACGGAACCGCAAUUCGGAAUCAGUUUACUUAGGAACAUUAUAAAUCCAAGAGAACGAUUUAGUAUUAAUAACCUCAGAAGAUGAAUAGUCAACACCACAUUUUUCAUGAUUAAUUGGGUUAGCUUUCCCUGAACUCUCUCCAAGCGCAGAGACUCUUCUAUUCGAUAAUAUAAUCCAGCAAAGGCUUCUUCAUGAAGCUCAUUUAAUAACUUAUUAUUACAGUGAUUUGGAGAAAGCUGACUUAUAUUUUGGAGGAAUUUUGGAAAAAUAUUACUAAGGUGAGAUUAACUAUGUUCCUGUAUGAAGAGAGAACACUGGAAUAUCAAAAUCAACGAUGUUCUAGUCGAUGGAGUCUCAGAAGGGAUUUGAUAGGAAUAGUGUGGAUGUAUAGGCAUUGUAGACACAGGUGCCAACUCUAACUCAAUCGAAGACCAAGUCUUCCAUAUUGUUUGAGUCUGGUACUUGGGACAAGUGGAUUAAUCGAUCGAUUUCUUCGAGAACUUGAAGGGUUCAACUUCCUGAUAUAGCAUAUGUAAUAGGCAGAGCUUCUUAUGGUUUCAAUUGCUUGGUGUAUACUCUGAAUUGGAAAGGCUAUCGUGAGUUAGAUAUGUUUGAUAUGGAUGUAUUUAACUACCCUCAGUGUCCUACAAUAGUUAUUGGAGUAUCCUUCCUUUAGAAAAAUUCUGCAAAGUGGGAAAGAAGAGAUGAGGAAGCUCCACAAAUGGGUUUCGCUGUAAAAGCUGAUCUUUAACUUCCUUACGACGAGUUUUCUGAAGUUUAUAGAAUCCCUAAUAAUAUCUCUUUACACUUGAACUUGGCUUAUGGCUGAGGCUCUGUUCUAUCCUUCAUACUUAGUUUAUACCUAUCUCAACGCUUUUGUAUGGUUACUUGACUAUUGGCUUGUUUAGGCUUGUGUGAGAAUUAAGAGAUUGCUUGAACUAAAUUCUAAUUCAUAGUUUUAUCUGUAUGGGCUAGAUAUGAAGGAAGAGGGAGUAGAAGGUUUUGAUCGUGGCGUAUGAAUUUAUUUCAUAGAGAGUGAAAUGAAGUCUGGUGGUUAUAGAUUAGGUGUAGCUUAGAGAAUUUUUUUUAUUUAGCUU